AUGGCGUCGUCCAGGCUUGCUAUGUUCGUGGCCAUCCUCGCCUUUGUGGCAGUCGUGGUGCAUAGCUGUGAGCCAAACUGCCCUACCCCAACCCCACCGGUCGCCCCCAGCCCACCGAUCGUGCCAACACCACCAUCCGGUGGUGGUUCAUGCCCAAUUGACGCGUUGCAACUGAACGUGUGCGCCAAUGUGCUGAACCUGGUGAAGCUUAACCUUCCGGUUGGUAAUGACCAGUGCUGCCCGCUCCUUGAUGGACUUGUGGACCUUGACGCCGCUAUUUGCCUCUGCACCGCCAUCAAGGCCAAUGUCCUCGGUAUCAGCGUUAAUGCGGAUGUCGACGUGCGCAUCCUCCUCAACUACUGUGGCAAGACCUGCCCUGCGGACUUCACCUGCCCCUCCAACUAA